UAAGACAGAAGAUGCAUGAUGUCACCUAUGGAGAUGGCAGCAGAACCUUCCAUUCAGAUAUCACAUUCAUCCCAAGGAAGUCACACAACAAUUCUCCAUUAUUCUGUAAAGUGACCUUCAAAUCAGGAGUGACCACAGUGGAGAAGAGGACGCUGAAUGUUGAAUAUUCUCCAUCUAUAAAAAUUAUCAUGAAAGGUGCUGAUACUGAUGAUAUCCCCGCUGUGAAUGUGACGGACGGGGAUUCUAUAACUAUGAAGUGCAUUGUAGACAGUAACCCAGAGGCUUCCAUUACUUUGUAUAAAGAAGACAUGGAGGUCCAGCGGACUAUAAGUGACCGGACUGUCACCCUUACACUCAGCAACAUUACCCAGAGUGAUGCUGGGAGAUAUCGGUGCUCUGCAAAUAAUAAACAUGGGGCCGCACACAGGACGGUAGAAAUCAUAUAUCAGAGCACACAAUUACAGUUUAGUCCUGUGGUGGCGGCUGCAGUUGGAGGAGUUCUUUUUCUUGUGCUGUUAAUAGUGAUGGGAGCAUUUCUAAUAAGGAAGAUGAGAAAAAAAAGACAAAGUAUUAAUAAGGACCUGAAAAAUAAUGUUGUUCCUCCAGAUGAUGCUACACAAGAAAACCUUCAAUCCUCUCAAGGAGAUGACCUAGAAUAUAUGAAUCAUGGUGAUGUGCAGUAUGCAAGCGUUGAGUUCUCCAAAGUGAGAUCAAAGGAGGUCGUCACUGAAAACAUGGAGACUGAAUACUGUCAAAUUAGGAAAACUCCUCAUAAUUGAAUUAAAGGGUCUUACUGUA